UUAACUACCUUUUCCAACUCCAAACGCUCGAGAGAAAAACAAAAAAAAUAGAAUUGGUGUGCGUUAUCUUUUACUUCAAUGACUCAUAUUCCCAAUUACAGAGAUCGCCGGAUUCUAACAUUUCCGGCGGUUCAUCCUUGCGAAGGUAUAUCUUCCGUUACCCUUCUUGCUUCUCUCAUCACUCUCUCGCAGAAUAUAUGCAAUUUCCAACACGAAUCGUUCACCACCCAACGACGAAAUGCAAGAGAAACAAUGCGCCAAAUUGGCGUUCUUCUUAUAUUCCUCCACGAAAUUCGAGAACGUGGCUUGGUUAUCCCUGACUCCAUUCUCCUCUGUUUCUCAGAGCUCCACUUCACCUUCCAAAAGAUUCACUUCUUGAUACAAGAUUGUACUCUCGAAGGUGCUCGCUUAUUCAUGCUCACCAAAUCCCAAUACGUUGCAACUCAGUUCCGCUCUCUUAUUCGCGCCAUGGCCACCGCCCUUGACGUUUUGCCUCUGCAAAGUUUCGAGGUUUGUAGCGAAGUGAAGGAGUUAGUUGAGUUAGUAGCCAAGCAAGCGAGGAAAGCCAAGUUCGAAAUCGACCCCAAAGACGAAAUCGCAAGCAAAAGAGUUCAUUCUAUUCUGCGCCAAUUCGAGAGGGGAACCGAACCGGACGUGAGUUCCAUGCAGGGAAUCAUGAACUACCUCGAAAUCAAAACCUGGAAGGAUUGUAACAAAGAGAUUAAAUUCUUAGAAGACGAGAUCAGCUUCAGGUGUUGUGAUUGUGACGAGCGAGAGGUUCCACUCUUGAGUAGCUUGGUUGGGUUCUUAUGCUAUUGUAGGGCAGUGAUAUUCGAAACUCUAGAUAACCAAUCCGAAGCCAGGUUCAGCACAGAGAUGAUGAUAACCUACGUGAACCCAGAGGAUUUCCGUUGCCCGAUUUCCCUUGAGUUGAUGACUGAACCGGUGACCGUUUCAACGGGUCAAACCUAUGACCGAGCCUCCAUUCAGAAAUGGCUUAAAGCUGGAAACAUGAUAUGUCCCAAAACAGGUGAGAAGCUAAAAAACACAGAGUUGGUCCCAAACACAACGCUAAAGAGGCUCAUCCAACAGUUCUGCGCUGACAACGACAUUUCCCUCGCCAAGUCAUGUAACCGUAACCGUGACAUAACGAGAACAAUCGUUCCAGGUAGUUCAGCGGCAGCACAUGCCAUGCAAUUCCUCUCGUGGUUUCUCACGCGGAGGCUUGUGUUCGGAACCCAAGAACAGAAAAACAAGGCUGCUUAUGAGAUUCGCGUGCUUGCAAGGUCCAGCAUUUUCAACCGCACGUGCUUGGUUGAAGUUGGCACGGUGCCUCCUCUGCUUGGUCUUUUGACCACAAAUGAUAAAUCCACGCAAGAGAAUGCAAUCUCUUCUCUGUUGAAGCUCUCCAAGCAUGCCAGUGGCUCUCAAAGCAUCAUGGAUAGCGGUGGUUUAGAACCCAUUCUUUUGGUGCUCAAAAAAGGGCUUAGCCUUGAAGCUCGCCAAAUCGCAGCUGCUACAAUUUUUUAUCUUUCUUCGGUGAAAGAAUACAGGAAAUUAAUCGGAGAAAACCCAGUGGCGAUUCCGGGUUUAGUAGAGUUGGUCAAGGAAGGAACAACAUGUGGGAAAAAGAAUGCUGUGGUUGCAAUUUUUGGUUUGCUUUUGCUUCCUAGGAAUCAUCGAAGGGUGCUUGAGGCAGGUGCUGUUCCUGCGCUCGUUGAUAUUUUGGCUUCCUCCUCGAACAACAAUGAACUCAUCGCUGAAUGUUUAGCUGUUCUUGCAGCCUUGGCUGAGAAUGUUGUGGAUGGAGCACAUGCUAUCUUACAAGCCUCCGCGUUGUCGUUAAUCAUUGGGAUGUUGCGAUCUGCCACGUCGCGUGCAGGGAAAGAACACUCUGCUUCAAUCUUGUUGUCACUUUGCGUCAAUGUUGGUGUUGAGGUAGUAGCUGUUCUUGCCAAGGACCCCUCGCUGAUGCCUUCGCUUUAUUCACUUCUUACCGAUGGUACUUCUCAUGCCGCCAAAAAAGCACGUUUUCUCAUCAAAGUUCUACAAGAUUUCAAUGAAACAACAAUUUCUGGAUUGAAGGGUUCCUCAAUUCCACAGGAACGAUCCCUUCACGUUUGGUGAAUGAGUUAGAAUCCCUUCAAUCUCUGUUUUUUUCUUUUUUUUGCCCCUGUGAAUACAUAUACUUUUUUUCUUUGUGUAAAUACUGUAACAUUAGCAUUAGUUCUAGCCACAUUUGAUAUUUGUGAAAUUAGCUCCAUGUUUUUUUAUCCCCGGCGAGCUAAUUUCAAUAAGUGAGCUUUAGCUUACACUGUAAACUUUUGUUUACCUUUAUCUAUUUAUUACUUAAAGUGGCGUGAAAUUAGAUGAAGAAAUCAUGUUUUUGGUUUCCUUUCUUUCUUUCCUUUUUGCAAUUUGCGAAACAUUAUUUGCUUGCUCGGUGGAGAUAUUCAGAAACGUGGAAUCAUUUCUUGGUCACGGAACACGUGUAGAAUGUUAAAAAAAUGAAAAAGGAACAUCAAUCGGAUGUUUCAGUUUUCACACUUGCUAAACAACACGUACCUCUGAAAAGAAUACUUAAUAAACAAAAGAAAACUAAGAAACAGAUAGAAAUAGGUUUAGAGUGUGGUUUUGAUACCCCCAUUGAUUUAAAGCUUUGUACACUACUACUCAAUUAAGCAUUGCCACAUUAUUAAAAUAGUGGAUUUAUUUGUGCUGGAGCUAAAGCAUUUUGACCUUGUUCUUGGGAUGCAAUACUGGGACCUAUUAUCACUGAUUACCAGACUCUAACAAUGACUUUUUAAGUACAAGAAUACUCGGGUCACUUUGCAAGGUGACCGACCGAUUUAGACCAAUCCUAUUUCCUCAGCCUAAUUGCAAAAGUUGGUUUCAUAGAACUCAGUGGAUGCUUGUUUAAUGUACUUCACUUCUAUUAGCAUUUUAUAUUUCUUAUUUUUAUUAUUUUUCUUUCCGUUGUAAUUGCUUCUAGAAGCUGAGCUGUCAUUUUUUGCGCUUUUGAUAUUGUUAGGCCAUUUGGUAAGGCUAUUCUGUUAGCCAUUUUGUAAGGCCAUUCUGUUAGGCCAUUUUUC